CCGCCCGGUCGCCAUGGAGACGCGGUAGCCCCGAAGUCCGCGCGGCUGGCCGAACCGGCAGAACAGCCCGGGCGUGGCGCGGGCAGCUCGCGGGCCAGGCGGCAGCCCGACGCUGCGCAGCGAGGACAAGGUCCGGGCUCGACGUCCAGCCAGUUACUGGCCUGAGAAAGUGCAGAGCCACACCCCGAGCAGGCAAGCCCUGUAGGAAAUCCAAAGGAGUGGCCACCCCAGUGUGGUGAAGCCAGCGUGGACUGUGGUUAUUGCGAAGAUUGAACUGAGUACAGAGCGGGGCUCCCUACCCCUGAGGCUCGCAACUCCACCACCCUGGGGUGCAGACAGCACUAGGGUUUGGACUCUGAAGGGAAUUCAGGUUGUGAGUUUUCAGUGAGGACAUUAAAGCCAUGUAUUCAGUCACUGUGCUGUUCCCACGUGUUUUCUUUUCAACACCACCAAGCGAGUCUCCAUUUCUCAGCAGAUGCUCCUGGGUGUCCUACAAUUUAAUUCAACAUUGACACUACCUCCCCGGAGACGGCGUCAGAUCCCACAGGGCUCAGUCCCACAACACUGCCCCCACCCACUUCAGAUGCUAAUUGCAAGUCCAGGUUGUCACCUGUGCUGCUGAACAACAGGCUAUAGAUCAGAGCUUCCCACGGCCUUUUCCUCAGGUUCAAUUAAUUUGCUAGAGCAGCUCACAGAACCCAGAGAAACUUGCUAGAUUGCUGGUUUGUUAUAAAAGGAUGUAACUCAGGGACAGCCAGAUGAAGAGGUAUGUAGGGCAAGGUCUGGAAGGGUCCGGAGCACAGGAGCCUCUGUCCCCGGGGAACUGGGGUGCACCACCCUCCCGGCAUGUGGAUGUGUUCACCAACCUGGGAGCUCUCCAAACCCCGUCCUUUAGGGGGUUUAUGGAGGGCUCAUUACACAGGCCCGAUUGAUUAAAUCAUUGGCCACUGGUGGCUGCACUCAGUCUCCAGCCCUUCUCCCUCCCUGGAGGUCAAGGGUGGGACUGAACGUUCCAACCCUCCAGUCACGUGGUUGGUUCCCCUGGUAACCAGCCCCACCCUCAGGUUUCCGAGGGGCUUCAGUAACAAGAUGUAAUAUUAACAUAACAAAAGAAACGAUUGCUUUGUCACCUGGAAAAUUCCUAGCGUUUUACAGGCUCAGUCCCAUAUAUUUCUUAUUAACAUCACACUAUCAUGGCUGUGAAGAGAAGUCUGAUUUCUGCCCGACUCACGAGGAGGUUGGCUGGGGGUGGGGGGGCAUCUGGCUCUGGCAUGCGUCACCACAGAGCGGCUCGGGACCCAGGAGUGGCAGUCUUUGCAGCCCUGAGCUCCCCCUCUGUACUCAGUGGCUACUCGGCGGGGACGCUGUGGCAGGUCUGCCGGGGCAGAGCACGUUCCUUCCAGUCUUCCUAAUUCAGAGCUAAUCGGAUUCUGACUGCGCCCCAGGCUCUCGGGGAGGAAUCUAAUAAAGCAGAGGAGGACAGCAUUUCUCAGUUCAGUACACUCUUCCUGUCAGAGUCGGCCCAAGGAUGAGAUUCCCGAGGGGGAGGUAGAUGCGUUCCCCGCCUUCUGGGAGCUCACAGGGCCCUGCAGCAGAGAGGCUCACAGGGCUUAACGUGAGGCAGGACACCGAGGGUAAGUAAGCGCCAGGCCAGCCUUGGGAACAGAGAGGAGGGGGACAGAGUGGUGAACAAAAGGCCCAUUUCAGGUCGUGGAGCAAAUCGACAGAGGCGGAAGAGGAGGAGCCGGGGUGUGAGGUGGAGGGGAUAACAACAGGCCGUGCUGCCAGAGCUGGGGAACUGGGAGCAUCUCUUCCGAGUGGACGUGCAGUCGCCUCGGCAUAGAGUCGCCUCAGCAUGGACAGCCCUGCCCGCCCAGCACCUGCCCCUGCGGCCCUGCUUUACUAUGUGGCCUUCUCCCAGCUGCUGGGCCUGGCCGUGGUGGCCAUGACUGGCACCUGGCUCGGUGUGUACCGAGGAGGCAUCGCCUGGGAGAGCGCCCUGCAGUUCAACGCGCAUCCUCUCUGCAUGGUCAUAGGCCUGGUCUUCUUGCAGGGAGAUGCCCUGCUGGUUUACCGCGUCUUCAGGAAUGAGGCCAAACGCACCACCAAAGUUCUGCACGGGCUGCUGCACGUCUUCGCCUUCGUCAUCGCCCUGGUGGGCCUGGUGGCGGUGUUCGACUACCACAGGAAGGAAGGCUACGCCGACCUGUACAGCCUGCACAGCUGGUGUGGCAUUCUGGUCUUCGUCCUCUUCUUUGUGCAGUGGCUCAUGGGCUGUAGCUUCUUCCUGUUCCCCGGCGCGUCGUUUUCUCUGCGGAGCCGCUACCGGCCGCAGCACGUCUUCCUUGGCGGCGCCAUCUUCCUCCUCUCGGUGGGCACCGCCCUGCUGGGCCUGAAGGAGGCGCUGCUGUUCAAGCUCGGGACCAAGUACAGCAAGUUCGAGCCCGAGGGCGUCCUGGCCAACGUGCUGGGCCUGCUGCUGGCCACCUUCGGCGCGGUCGUGCUCUACAUCCUGACCCGCGCCGACUGGAAGCGGCCCCUCCAGGCGGAAGAGCAAGCGCUCUCCAUGGACUUCAAGACGCUGACGGAGGGCGACAGCCCCAGCUCCCAGUGACGCGCGCCCCGUGCCAUCCCGUCCUGUCCCCCGAGGCGGUCUCCGCCGUUUCGGGGCCCCGACAGGUGUCUGUCCCGCACCCGCCGAGGCUCCGGGGGUGGGGAGCGGGGGUGGGGCAGCCCUCCUCCCUGAGCGCUGAUUUCCGGGGUUCAGGCCCCCUCCGCUUUCCCCUCCUCGCUGCUGCCGCCGCCGCCGCUGCCGUCGUGUUAGUCCUGCACAGACCCCCGCCCCCCUUGCCUCUGCCACCCCCUCAGAUGGAGCAGCUUUGGGUAGGGUUCUGGGCGGCUGGGCCUGGUCGCAGAAGCACAGAUCCUUAAAGGGGUUGGAGAGGGGGAGGCGGCUCCCCGCUCGGGGCAGCGGGGGCCUGGGCUGUGUCCGCGGAGAAGGCGGGGCUCAGCGCCGGGCCCGGCGAGGCCAAGACUUGCUUUGUGUGACGCCGAACUCCAACCAGGAGUCUUGCGGGCCCAGCCUUUGGCAGCGGAGCAAGUGAUAUUAUGUGUAAAAUAUGCUGGUGUCAGGGCAGGGUUCCCCAGGAGAGGGGAGGGACUGGCCCUUGGGAAGCUCUGGACGCGUGGCUUGGGCCCAGCUGCGCUCUGCAGCCUUCUCUUUCUUUAACCCCUUAGCCCCAGGGCGGCUUUCUUUGCCUUUGGGGCCCAGCAGCCCGAAGAAGAGACAGGAGGUGGGCCUCAGCGGGCGCUGCGGGCCGUAUGGCGCCUGCAGGGGCUCCCCUCCCCGCGGGGGCCGGCCUCGCGAGCCAGCUGCCCACCCUCGGAGCUCACUCAGGCGCUGCUCUGACAAGAGGCCCAGGACACAAGCCUUUUUGCUUUAAACAAAAAGCUGCCGCUGUUGCCCCCUUUCCCUUUCCAUAGGGAGGGUAGGGGCUGCCUAAUCAGGAGGAAAGCCUCAUCCUCUCCUACCUGGGGCCCAUCUUUGCAGGAAGUUGGGACCAAGUCAGAAUCGGAUUAAUUCCCCCAACCCCAUGAGUGUAUAAUGCUGUUAGCUGAGUCACCGUUUGGCUUCUGUCUAGAAAUAACGUGAUUACAGCAUCGAUCUUGUGCUUCUUGGACUUGGUGAAUGCUCUCUCCUUGUUUUCCUCGUUUUCUGGGCUUUGAGGAGCAUGACACUGUUUGAGACAAGACACAGUUUACUUAAAUGAAGACAUUAAUAGAAUUUCCAAAUCUGACUACUGUUUUUUUUUUUUUAACGGCUGCCUUUCUCACACCUAAAUGCUGCCUUCGAGAAAGGGAGCUUGUCUCCCCUAUUGCCCAGAUUUCUAAAACAGCUUUUGUGGUGGGUCCUGCCUCAGGCGAUGCUGCUUCUCAGAGCAGGUGGCUGUGUUGGGCGCCUUACCAGCAGGGCUCCCUGCUCCCUUCCGUGGGCAUUCCGGGCUCUGCUACAGCCCCAGCACCAGGGUGUCUCCGCACCCUGUUUAUAUCAUACGCUCCGCAAGGGCACAAGCUCCGGCAACUCUUUGAUCACCUGGUAUGGUCAUUGUUUACACGUGGGAAAACUCCACCUUAGACAAACUACAAGAGUACAGUUGUGUAUCUCCGUUGCCAGAAAGGCACAGAGAGAAAUGGAACCUUGGAUUUGCAAGAAAAGUCUAUAAACUGGCCUGUUUGCCAAAGCGUAUGCUGGACGAUUCAUGAGCCAAAAAGCCUCCCCCCCACCCCCAAGCUGUUCUGUGGUGGUUUAUUUUAUUUUGCCUGUGGCCAGUCUUCUAUGAAGUACAAUGUAGUGUUGGUACAACAGAUGAUUCAAUAAAUGUCUACAGCAGG